UGUGUCUCCUUUUUGGGUGUGGUUGGGGCUCAGAUGCCAUCUCUCUUCAUUGUGGACUGAGAUCUGAACUACACACAACCCAUUUUUUGGGUUUCUCUUCAAAGCCAGCUGGUCUGGCUUUAUUUCUUUUUUUUUUCUUUCAGUUCUUUUUUUCAAUUAAUUAUUUUUUAAACAUUUUUGUAUAAGCUGGCCCACAGCAGGUGCUGGAGGGUAGUGCUUCCUGGGGAAGAAAACAGAAAGGACUGGUGCCAAAAGAAAGGCCUGGAUACCACAAGCAGCAACUUUAUGGAGACACAGAAACGCUGAAGAUAAAAACAGAGGAAUGAGAGAGUAGAGUUGUUGACAAGACGAUAUGUGCAAGUAGUUGAAACGAGUGCCAGAGUCUUUUGAACUGAGAGGAGCAAGAAGAGCAGGAAGACUGCACUGAAGAGUGGAACGUGAGAAGAAGGAAGGAAGGAAGGAAGGAAGCAAAGAAUACUUUUGGAAAAGGAAGGACUGUCAGAGCGGAACAAUGGGGAGGAAAAAAAUUCAGAUUGCACGAAUUAUGGAUGAACGCAACAGACAUGUAACGUUCACAAAGAGGAAGUUUGGCCUGAUGAAGAAAGCCUACGAACUGAGUGUUCUGUGUGAUUGUGAGAUCGCACUUAUCAUCUUCAACAGCACCAACAAGCUGUUCCAGUAUGCCAGCACUGACAUGGAUAAAGUGCUGCUCAAGUACACGGAGUACAAUGAACCCCAUGAGAGUCGGACUAAUUCAGACAUUGUGGAGACACUGAGGAAGAAGGGUCUAAAUGGCUGUGACAGCCCUGAUAUUGAUGCGGAUGAUUCAGGCCACAGUCCUGAGUCUGAGGAUAAAUAUCGCAAAAUCAACGAGGAUAUUGACCUCAUGAUCAGUAGACAGAGGCUGUGUCAGACAAUCCCACCUUCCAACUAUGACAUGCCAGUCUCCAUCCCAGUAAGCAAUCCCAACAGUCUGAUCUAUAGCCACCCAGGAGGGUCCUUAGGCAACCCCAAUCUGCUGCCACUGGCCCAUCCCUCCCUUCCGAGGAACACUUUGUCUCCAGGAGUAACUCACAGGCCCCCUAGUGUGGGCAACACAGGUGGCCUCAUAGGUUCAGACUUGACCAGCAGCAUGGGCACCAGUGCUGGAAACGGGUAUGGGAACCAUCGUAACUCCCCUGGUCUGCUGGUCUCUCCAGGGAGCAUGAACAAAGGCAUGCAGGCCAAGACCCCCCCACCCAUGUCCAUUAACAUGAGCAACCGCAAACCUGACCUUCGCGUGCUGAUCCCCCCUGGUGCUAAGAACACCAUGCCCUCUGUUAACCAGAGAAUAAACAACUCCCAGUCUGCCCAAUCUUUGGCCACCCCAGUGGUGUCUGUUGCGACACCCACUCUGCCUGGGCAGGGAAUGGGAGGAUACCCCUUAGCCAUCUCUGCUUCAUAUGGUACAGAAUAUUCUUUGAGCAGCACAGACCUGACCUGUUUGUCGGGCUUCAACAGCUCCAGCUCUCUUCACCUGGGCUCCAUGACAGGGUGGCAGCAACAAAAUCUUCAAAACAUGCAGCACCCAGCUCUUGGACACCUAGGAAACUGUGUUAGCACUCAGUUAUGUCAGAGCUCGAAUCUCUCGCUGCCCUCUACACAGAGCAUGACCAUCAAGUCCGAACCUGUUUCUCCUCCAAGAGACCGAACUGGGAGUGGCUCUGGGGGCUAUACCCAGCCUCCUAACCCCCCUCCCCAGCAGCAGCCACCGCCACCGGCACAGCAGCCCCUGCUGCGCCAGGACUCGGGCCGUUCGCCUGUUGACAGCCUGAGCAGCUGCGGCAGCUCCUACGAGGGCAGCGAACGCGAUGAGCACCGCUCUGACUUCCACUCACCAAUGGGACUGCUGCGUCCACCCUCGCACGAGGAGAGUGAGAGUCCAUCUGUCAAACGCGUGCGCCUGGCUGAGGGCUGGGCCUCAUGAUUAAGCACGCAACUGCCACCGCCCACCAGCUACACUCUUAAAAAUAAAGCAACCUAAAGAGUUCUUACAAUAGAGUAUCGUACCACAGUGUCAUAAAAGAACCACUUUUGUUUUCCUAUAGAAGCUUUCUAUGGAUGAUUCUUGAAAGGAAUAGUGUUUUUCAGCCUCAUCUCUAUACGGACGAUUAUCAUGGGCAAUAAUUUUAAUGCUUUUCCCUGCAGAACAAAAAUCUGUUCACUCAGAGCACACAUUCCUUAUAGGCUUCCACAUUAUACGUGUGAUUUGAGUCAAAAUGCUUUCUUUCUUUCUAUCUUUUUUUUCACUAAAUACUGGGCAACAUUGUACACUUAGGUUGAAAAGUAAUGGAGUAUUCCUUACAGAACUAUCAAAACCAAAAAUGGUUCAUCUUUGGCAUCAAUUCAGAGACCCUUUUGGUGCCUUUAGUUUGAAGAGUGUAGCGGUGCCCGCCACCCCUCGGGCAGGGCUUUUCUAUUCACUUCUAGUAUUAUUUUUCCUUUUUGAGUGUGAGUGCUAGGUUAAGUAUUACAGUGGUAUAUGAGACAUAGGAGGGCAUUUGUGAGUGGGGGAAGGGAUGGGGAGGGGAUGGGUGGGGGUGGGCUAGGGGGCAUGCGUUGCUUGUGCCGUGUGUGGGGAAAAUAAGUAUAUACACACACAUUUACCUAUGUGUGUAUGUAUGUAUGUAUGUAUUCAAGCAUACAG